ACACGUGCACUAGAAAAGUAUUUGCAUUAUUUUAAAGAAAUUUUUAAAAUUAUUAAAACUUUAACAAGAUGACGGAGGAAGCUACGACAAAAAUUAAAUAUUUAGUAGCAGAUACUACUGCAUUUAUCAAUGCAGUACAAUUAAAUGAUUACUGCGAAAAUGUUUUGACCGUACCCGAUGUAAUUGAUGAAGUACGUCAUAAAAGACAGAUAAGACGUUUGUGCGUUUUGCCCUAUGAUCUGCAAGUAAGAGAACCCCGCGCCGAAAGCGUGAAACAUUGUGUGGAGUUUUCUAAAAAGACGGGAGACUACGCCUCUCUAUCUGGUAUUGAUAUUAAAGUAAUUGCCCUGACCUAUGAAUUGGAAGCUGAUACUGUGGGCACUUCUCAUCUAAGAACCGAACCGGUGAUAGGAAAGAUUGUGGCCUCUAAAGAAAAACCCGAAGAAUUUCAAGAUAACACAAAGUUACCGGGAUGGUAUAACAAGGGCCAAGACUCGGACGAUUCCGAAGAUGAUAACGGUGAAGAAGAGGAAGAGGAGCAUGAAGACGAAACAGAUGAACAAGAGAAGGAUACUGAAGUUGAUAGUGUCAAAGCCUCUAUUGAAAAACAACUUGAAAAUCCGGAUGAAAAACAAGAUGUGCCCGAGGUAACGCAAGAAGAAUUGGAAGAACUAUUUGAAAAAUUGAAAUGUGAAGCGGCAGAAGAUGACACAACUUGUGAUCUUUUAGUGCCACAACAACAAAAUGAUGAGGACUCAGACUCUGCAGAUUGUGACGAAAGACAAGAUGUAGAAGGCUUAAAUGGUGCUGAUACUAAGAAAGCAAAUGAUGAAGACGAUCAGAAUGAUGGCGAUUGGAUUACACCUUCAAAUCUUAAAAAAGUUAAAAAGUCUAUGGAGGGCAAAAUAGAGGCCGAUUUCAUACCCGAAGUGGCCUGCAUGUCUACAGAUUUUGCUGUACAAAAUACCUUGAAACAAAUGAAUCUUAACAUUGCCGCCCUUAAUGGACGCAUUAUUAAACAUUUACGCACUUACAUCUUAAGAUGUUAUGCUUGUUUCAGGACCACUUCCAUAAUGACAAAAGUAUUCUGCCCCAAUUGCGGCAACAAGACCCUCAAGAGAGUGGCAGUCAGUUUGGAUGAGAAUGGCAAGCAAGUGAUACACAUAAACACCAGACGUCCCCUGUCUACAAAGUACAAAAACCAAAGUCUGCCACGUUUCCAGGGUGGCAAGCAUUCUCGUAAUCCCAUAUUGUUUGAAGAUCAGCCAAUGCCACGUCAAAUGCCUUCCCGUGUGGCCAAAACAAAAACCAAUGCUUUAAAUGAAGACUACAUGGCUGGUUUCUCACCAUUUGCUAUGCGCGAUGUUGACUCAAAAUCAGCUAUGUUGCGUUCCAAGGGUAAUUUGAAGGAAUGGGCUCGCAACAAUACUUUCGAAGAAGAUAGACGUCGUAAACAUUACAAUCGUUUAUAUAAAUAAAGUGUAAUUUAAUUGUAUACCUUGCUUAAGAAAGGUAUAUUUUAACUUUUUUUAAUGAAAUUUUAAUAUUAAAUGUAUUUGUGUACAUAUUUAAAUAAUAAAUAAAUGAAAUUUUUAUAAUUUAACACAA